AUGGCGGCCGUACCAGCGUCCACGGGAAGCAUCCCCCCUAACAAUACAGUUUAUGUUCGUAACCUGGAAGAACGAAUCAAAAUUGACCAACUGAAGGUCGCACUGGACGAGAUCUUCUCGGAAUAUGGCAACAUCAUCGAGAUCGUCGCGAAGACCAACCUGAAGGCCAAGGGCCAGGCGUUCAUUGUGUUCGACGACGUGGAAUCCGCCACCCGCGCGAUCGACGAAAUCAACGGCUUCGAUCUCUUCGAUAAGCCUAUGGUUCUGGACUAUGCGAAGACAAGGAGUGACGCUACGGUUUUGCGGGAAGGAGGGAAUGAGGAGCUUGAGGUUCAUAAGCGGAGGCGGCUAGCUGAGAAAGAACGCAAACAAGCCCACGAAGCCCUCGAAGCUCAAAAGAAACUCAAACGACCCCCUGUCGGCCCCGAAUCCACGCGCCCUGCCAAAACCGCCAAAGGAGCCGGUCUCAAGCCCACCAGCGGGGCCGCCACGACCGUCAUCCCCGACGAGUACCUGCCUCCGAACAAGAUCCUCUUCCUGCGGGACUUGCCCGACACCGCGGACCAGGACAGCCUCACCGCCGUGUUUGGUCGCUUCGAGGGGUUCCAGGAAGUCCGACUGGUGCCGGGUCGCAAGGGGAUUGCGUUCGUCGAGUACGAGAGCGAGUCCGGAGCGAUCAGCGCGAAGGAGGCGACUUCGGGUAUGCCGAUGGGAGAGAAUGGCAAGCCUAUUCGGGUCACGUACCAGAGACAGUAA